UCAGAGGAGGAAGUGAAGAAGAUGGAGAAAAAGGUAGGUGGUAUUGGAGGGUGUGAUAGUGGGUUCUUUGUGAUGGCAGCAGUGUUGGUGGUGGUGGCAAUGUUAAGCUUGGUUUGUGAAGGUCAGGCUCAGGACACUUCUUGUCUAAACCAGUUGGUUCCAUGCUUGAACUACCUUCAAAGACAAGAUGGUUCAGACCCACCCAAAAGCUGUUGUGACCCUUUGAAAUCAGUGAUAGAUUCCAACCCACAAUGCCUUUGUACCAUGGUAACCAACAGUGGCACCAGAGCAGCUGAGCAGGCAGGAGUCAAUGUCACUAAUGCCCAAGAGUUGCCUGGUAAAUGUGGUCAGACUGUCAACCCCAUCGCUUGCCUUACAAGUUCAGGUCCGGGUUCAGCGCCAAACACCGGAAGGGCACAAUCUAAUUCAACCAGUGAUUUCUCAUUAAUGGCCAUUGUGAUGGCUUCUAUUGUCGCAAUGAGCUUUCAGAUUUUAUGGGCAUCAAGCAGUAUUUAAGCUUAAUUAAGCGGGAUAUCGAAGAAUAGUCGAAUCGUAGUUCUUUUUAUUUUAUUUUAUUUUAUUUUAUUUUUGCACUUAAUCCCUUUAUUAAUUUCAAUUA